GUGUGACAUAUCCUGAAUAUGUUUAAUAUUUCUUGAUUGUAUUGUACAUGUUCUUAGCUUAUCAACUUUCCUCUGCUCAUCAAUCCGUUGUUUGUGGUUUUCAUCUCGUACUCGUACAAAGUGCCGCAAAGAUUAUCCUUGCUAUUACGUACUUGCGAUCUACUUGCGAUCCUUCCGGAAAUAGUCCAAUAAAUAGCUCAAUAAAUAGAAGGUUUUGAUGACGAGUACUAUAUCUUAAGCGCAGCUAUAUCUGUCCCUCCUCAAGCGAUUUGGUUCCUUCCGCAAAAUAACCUCCUCAAUCAGAGAUGACAUCAAGAUUUCAGAAAAAUAUCUGCCAGUGCAACAACCAGCCUUUCUCUUCAGCUCUCCUCUUAUUGUCAAUACUCUUUCCGAAAUUGUCCUACGCGCAGAUUUCCACGGUUUAUGUUACUCCUGAUCCCCUACCAUCGUAUACGCCCCAAAACUCCAACGUCAGUCCGCAAAACCCCGACACCGGCUCGGAAGUUGAAGAUACUUCCAGCCAUGUCUACAACUACUAUUUCGUGAUAGUCGCCGUCUUCGUAGUUAUCGUCUUCUUCCUUCUUCUCUAUAUAACUCGACGUCGAAAGCGCAAGGCGGAACUCCUACGAAAUAAUGGACGAAGUGCUUUGGCACGCGAUGUACAAGCGUUCACAGACUUUAGAACGAGAUUUGGACCCAGGAGAGGGGGAUCCGGACUGAUGGGAAUGACGAUGGCAACGAUGGGUGGGCAUAGUGAAAGACAAGAAGGGUUGGAUGAUAGGGGUGAGGCACCUCCGGCUUAUGUUGAGGGUGACAAGCCGCCAAGUUUGAGAAGUGAAGAUGGAAUCACAAUGAUGAUUUCUAAUGAAGAUCAUUGCAAUGCCGACAGUGCACCUAGUGCGCCAACUGCAGCGACUCCAGGUAAUAACAGUAAUACUGCGGGACACGAUGCAUUGGGCGCGGGGUCGAGACUAUCUGCGGAACUUUCACGGCCAACUAGCACAACCCCGAGCAAUUCGGUGAUUCGUACAUCUAUAGGGGGUACAUCAACACCGAUCACAAGUACAGCCGAGUCGAAUCAAAAUGUGGAAUUACGGCCACUGAGUCAAAGUACAUCACCACGUCCACCUCUGGGACCCCCCACAUAUUCCGAAACAUUCCAAGCACAACCGGAUCUUGCAAGACCAGCUGCUGCCGUGACAGCCCAGGACCGGUUUACUCCCACAAGGAGAUUGAUCAGUGAGAGUAGAACUUCAUCUGAAAUGUGAAGCAGGAACUUCGAGUGCAGUAUGAUUAUGAACAUAUGCGAACGAUUUUUUAUUAGAUAUUUUACAUGGAGGGUCUUAAAACGACAGGGCGAUUAAUAAGGAUACGGAAGGUGUUCAAGAUUUUGGACGAGGUUUUGGAUAUGGAUAUGGAAUGGGAUUCCCGAGGAUAUAAGGUUACGGUGCCUCUAGAGGGCGUUUAUGAUGGUAAUGAUAAUAGGUCAUGAAGCAUUAUUUCGAUAUUAUUAGUAUGGUUCUUGUUAUUGUGUAAUGAUAUUCAAAGCAGGAAGGGCAUGUAUAUUAAAUCAUUUCUUAUUCCAGAAUUACUCAAUGACUAGUAAAAUUAGCUCGAUAGCGUA